AUGAGACAUUUGAAAGAAGCCUUUCAUGCCGCUCUGAAACAGGAUAAGAAGAAGCUCCAAGAAGCUGCGAGCAAGUAUGCAAGCACGCGCUUGCAAACCCGCUUGGCUAUGCAGGUGCUCCACAAGGCGCAGUACGAACCAAUCAUGGAGUUGCAUAUGUUCCCCAAAGAUCCUACGGACGUCAGGUCCGCGUGGAUGGUCUUGCUGGUACCGCGCUCUGAAGACAUCUUUGGGCAAACGUUAUUCCUCUGCAAGCAAGGCAGGCAGCAGGAUGGCCAGAAAUAUUCAUGCUUGGCCCAGAUGGCUUUCCAGCCUUUGCCUUUUCGAGCCCUAGCACUCCUGGGCAUGUGGGAUUCUGCUGUGGAGCGGUUAAGGUCGACAGGACACGUCCUUGUAGCAGGUGUGGGGUUGAUGUUUGUCGCUUGCCUGUGCUUCGGGUCUUGCAUUAUCGUGUACGAGGUUGCAAUCAUAAUUUGUUUGAUUUUCCGCGGCAGUUCGCCAACGGCUUCAUCACUGCAAAGCGAGGAUUUCCUGGGCAUGGAGCUGCCGGAGGCAUACCAAAUCACCCGUCAUGUGUUCUUGUUUACGGAGCCGGACGCAAACAGCAAGCUGGCAAAUGUCGCUCCCUUACAAGUUGGCAGCCAAGUGGAGGUGCUGGAGACACGACGUGAAAGUGCCAAAUUCAGCAUAAAACGGUUGCCGUCCGCCCUGACAAGCAGCGUGCGACGCUGGAUACCGAACAUAUUCCGCACCAAAAUUUGGGCCCGGCUGAAAACACCUGAAGGGUGGAUUGUAUUGUUUGAUGAAACGUGGCAACUUGCAAAUGCCACAAAAGCAGACGAAUCUGUUUCAGCGAAAUACUGCACGCACCCUCAGCUUCUUGUACAAUUCCCAGCGUUCCUUCGUCGACACGUGAUCCUUGCCUCGAGCCACCUCGCGGGGCAGUGGGUCGUGAUGGAGUGCGUUCCCCAAGGAUUCUCUUUGCUCGCGGUCUUUUUCCUGUUUCAAGGCUGCGUUUUGAUUGGUUUGUUUCAUCGGGAGAUAGGGAUACCUCACAUAGCAAGCAAAGCCGCUCAAAAGCAAGUCUAUGGCGAGUAUAAUAACCUGCUGAGGUUUGUGAUGCAUGCCGCUGCGCUCUACUAUGCAAUGCUGACCGCGACAGCUGCUCUGGAGUAUGACGAGGUGUUGGAGACACAGCAGGUGAUCUUGGAACUUGGGAAACCUGUUUUGGCAGUGAGGCUGGUUUGGCUUGCUGUUGCUGUGUCGGUUGUAGUGGCUGCCAGCCUGCUCGAAGCUUCGGCUACUUCUUCCUUUAAUUUUCUGACAUUUCUGACGACGCUGAUACUUCACAUACUUGAUUUGUCUACUUCGUCCUCUGGCCUGGACAAAUGGAGACAACCUCAGAUUGAGGCGGACGAGUUCACAGCGGUUGCCAGCCGUCAGCUUGAACACACUACUUCGGGGCCAAAGACGCUGUCCAAGCAGAGAGCCGUCUUGAGAAGCUUAGCAAGCUUGGUGUCCCGGCUAUGUGCAGUCAGUGGGCUAGCGGUCUUGAUGCUUAUCGUGCUGGAUGUACAAAGCACGCAACCGCAGCUAACUAGAUAUUCCUUUGACCGUGGAUACUUGCAGUACCCGGCCAGUGAAGAAGCCUAUCACAAUACUCUUGUUUUGCCUGCGGAUGUUGACUCGGUCGUCUUCUUCUUUGAGGUUGGAGCUCACACCUCCCAUUUAUUCCUCAAGUGUGUGCAUCCCUUGCUAGAGGAGGUCGAACCAGUGCUGCUGUUUUCAGCUAAAGACAGGGCGGAAAGGACUGGAGAGUACCAGCUCGCUAUCCCAGCUGGGCCUCUUUACAGCCGAAUAACAGUUGAAGCCACGGGCUGGCCCAAACCAACUGUAUACACAGUCCACGUGAUUAGGAUUGGUGUCGACAAGAAUCUUGCUAUCACAGGAUCCAUGACCGGCUCAGGCGGAGCCAAGAUUUUCCAUGAGGUGCGCAGCUGGCAGCAUCUUGCCCGAACUCCUGAAUGGUACGUCCCAGCAUUGGAUAUGAACGCAAACAUCACGCUGACCAUGGUGCAGAAGCCUUGCGCAUUUGCGCCCGUUUUCGUUGGUACUUCAUGUCCAUUGUGGUGUUCGCAUGCAUGUUCCGAAAGACAGGUAUUCGGUAUUCGUGUCAAUGGCACCAACCAGACUGUGCAGGUUGUUGCUUGUCUGUCGCCUUCACUGCACGACUCGUUCAUCCAGACGGGGCACACAUCGGACCUGUGGAGUGACAAGGAAGCCUUGUCUGCUUGGUUAGGCGAAAUGCUGACUGGCCUCGUUUCUCUUGCUGGUUCGUACCUCAGCCCUGGUCUUCCUUGUCGCCAUUGUAUCCCGGAAAAUGUUUCCACCACGCAGCCCGCACACUUGUUAUUAGGUCCCCGCCUGGAGCUCGGAACUGCAAUGGGGCCGGAGGACGGGUCCUCUGGCGAGCAGAUCCACGUGCGCAUCACUUCUGAACCUCCUGCAGCCCAACUGAUCAUGAAUGGUGCUGGUUUCUUGUUCCCCCGAUUCUCUCAACGAGAGCCGCGCAGAAAGUACGUAGUUUGCUGCUUGGACACGUGGGACUCAUUGUCGGCCACAGUUUCCGAUGCCCGGUACGAGGUCACAGCGCAUGUUGAGUCAGUCGGAGAUGACUGCAGUGGGACCGUGGAGCAGAAGCUCUUCACAGUAGCACGCAGGCCUUCGGCAUAUUCCCCUGACGGUGGCGGAUUGUACAAGAUUGGGCAGACUGUGGUGAUGACAUCAGCGCAGGCCUGUUUGAGUGAAGCAAUGAAUACAGACAAUCUGUCCGCCUUCCAUGACAUUGGAUCCUGCAUUCCUGCGGAGAGGCGGAGGCAAGCGUGGAACCGGACUGCAAUUGCGAUGGCUCAGACGCUAGUGCAAGACUGGCGGUUGGAUGCCAGUCACCCGUGA